AUGAAUCAUUGUUCAGAAGUUCUUUCGGAUGAAACUUCCCCAAAUCAAACUGCAUCUGCGAUUUCCUUGAACUCAAGAAACAAGCCAACUGCAUAUGCACUCGUGGGCCAUGAUGUUACGCCAUCCGAUGAGGUUGAUAGGCAUACGGGUGCUGCAGAACGCGACCCUAUUAUGGUCGAUUUCCUUUCCAUACAUGCUACACAUCCUGGCAAACCUGAAGGAGAUUUGCCAUCUACCCUGAACGCUCAAGCUACCCCCCUAUUAUCUCACACGGAUCACGACAUUAAUCGAAAUAGGGUCCGAACCCCACCAACAAGCAUUCUACCUGGAGAUCCAUUGCCUAACGCGAUUCACGUCUCAAACUCAAUGCAGUCUCAUGAUUUUCCAAUGGCUAGCGGCCGAAUUUUGAAAAGAUUGGAAGACGAGGUGCACCAUAGUUAUGAAGAGCUUCGAACAUUGAGGAAGGAGAUAGUCGACCUGAAGGAACAAGGGUCAGAAUUGCAGCAGCGAAGUCAGCAGGACAGAGAAGAAUGCAGUCGAGCGGUACACGCUCUUCAAGAGAUGGCCUUCAAGUCGUGGAAAGCAGAAAAAUGGCUCCCUGCUGAGCAUGAUACCAUCAACCUUGAAAUUUUUACACUUCAGGCAGCAAUGACUGGAUGGACACGGGGUGCAACCAGAGACGACUCUUGGCUUGAUGAUUUAUCUGAAGUAUUUCAAGGAGAAGAUCAGGCCAAAGAUGCAUUGAGGAAAGAGCUGUCGAAAGUGAUGGUCUUCAAAAACGAUUUACUCCCUGAAGGACUACCUCAGAAACGGGCUAAAAAAUUCUUGCUCGAAGCGCUUCUUGCUCACCAUCUUUUCACGGAUGUUUUCUCGUCGCCAUUCUCUUUUCUCGGAGAUGAAUCAACGAGCUUGGAUUUUAUUUAUGAAACAGGGUUGUCAUGGAACAUUGCAGAUGCCCAUAGAUGGCGCUCUGAUACACUGAGGCUAUUAUCCCCGGAGCCUUCAAAAUAUGACAAAUCUGAGGCUGUCCGACUCAAGAUACCACCUUUACUCAAUAAUAGAGCAAACAUUCAAGCAGAGAACUUCUUCAAAAGCCCUGCUCGGUGCUUCUUCGUUGAAACCCCGGAACUAACGGCCAGUCUUCAAAAGAUCUACCAGCAGGCCGCUGGUCUAGCCUACCAUCUCUGGACUCGACGAUCAAUGCUCAAGAUAGUGACGCGCAAGGACUUGAACUCCUUUUUCCACAUCGAUGACCAACAGAUGGCUCUUCACACUAGCGUUCAAGAAGAUAUCGAAAACAGGCUAACAGGCCAACCUAUCAGUUUGGUAUUGUACCCCGGUGUUGUGGCAUAUGGCUUGGACGGUUGUGUAGAUUAUGAAACUCCACGGCCAUGGAUGCCAGCGAAAGUUUGGUUGUACAAGCCUUUGUCGGAAAAGCCGGAAGUGCUAGUUGGGGGGGAUUUGGAGAUCAAAGGAUAA